AUGGAUGGUCUGUCAAAUAAGAUCUCACCGCUGUUCAACAAAUUGCUUGCCAACCCUGUGAUUGAGAGGGUUAUUGGUAAAGAUGAGUCUGUUAGUCCGGUCCCCUCCAGUCCCAGUGAGAACUUACAGCAUUCUGCUACUGCGGAGAGCGGACCAUUGUCUGGUCAACUUUGGGAUGUCUCUUCUCGGCAAGCACAGAGCAGAUAUCUUCAAGCGCGUCAACUUGGACGACUUGAUCCGGCACUGUAUGUGAGUGAGGAAACAGAAGACUUGUACGAAAUAACUCCCGGACAUCUGGGUCGAAUUUGGUUUACUGUGACUUAUUCCAAAUCCAAUGAGCUUUUGAAAGUGACAGUGCAUAAGGCACGAAAUCUACGUCAGCUGUCACUUUCAUCCGGCGCAAGUGUUGGAGGGGUGGAACAUGCAAUGACAGCUAAUGAUGACUCCACACUGCAAGAUUUUCGGAUAAACUCUGUGAAUUAUGAAGAUCUAGCUAUUAUUUGUUCCGAUAGUUCCGUCUUCUUAGCUACUGAAGCUAAGGAGAUGGGAAUAUCCGGGGCUCACCAAAUCGAAAAAUGGAUUCAGUAA